GUAUUUUCUACCUUUCACAGAAUAAGUUGUUCUGCAAAAUACCAAUGUUAUUUUACCGACGACCUGCACCGCCUCAUCACAGCGCCUCUUUCAACCCGGUUCCAUGUGGCACUUCGGUCAAGUACCCCGUUGUCCCAUUCUAAGGUGCCAGGAAGGAGCGUGAAUGUAUUAUUAAUGGAUUUAUCGGAUAUAGCGAAGUUCGACUGUCACUUCAAAAGGGAGACACCACCGGAUCAUGAAAGCAACGGCCAAAAUGACCGCCGACCUCACGUAGCAGGGCCAAAAAACGAAGGCCGGGUCAUAUCCGUGUUCCCGAUUCGCUGGCAAAAAUGGUAGCAAGGACUGUGAGGGCCAGACGGUAUGAACUUUUUUAGCAUUAUAUUGCAUCAAAAUACGUUGUUAGGCAAUUUUAUUUCCUUUCUCUGCCUUUAACAUUAGAAAAACAAUUUCUCUACUUUCUCUAGCCCCCACUUCAAAAAAAGUUCAUCUUAUUCUGUUUAUAAGAUGUUGAAAAUUUGUAAUUUAACAUUUAUUAAAGUGAAAUUCAAAAUAAUAAAGCUAAUAAAAAGCCACCUUUUCUCGUGUUUACAGCAUGCUUCCUUCUCGAAAGCUGCCAUUUUGUGAUAAUUUUUUUUUCGGAUUAAACUAAGUUUGACGUCAUCUCCCGGAUGGCAAAAAAAGGUCUCCUGAACAUGUUGCCGUAAAACGAUAACUCGGAGGACAAAGAAGAAGAGUAAUUAUUGCAACUAAGAUUAAUUUUGUUAAUAAUUAUAAAAUGUGUUUUCGUGCUAUGAUUUUUUGCAAUGAGAAUAAGAGAAGUAACGCUGGAAAGCAUUCCUUCGCCAGUCUUCCAUAAGGCAAGAAACAACGAGCUGCGUUUACUCAUUAACUUAGUCGAUACGCUUUCACCAGAAUUUUUUUUAUCAACGGUGGCAAAAAAGGCUUUGGCAAUUCUAAAUCUCUGUCCACUUGUCUUUGCAUUAGGCCAUGUGCCAAUUCUGGUAUAGGUGCUCGCACUUCUUCUGUGUGUUGCGUCUAAAACUUUUCUAAUAUAUUGUGGUACACUAGGCAGGGUUUUUAAGGGAUUUUAUUUUGUUCUGCGCGCAUUGUUGUUUCUUCUUUCUUUUUUCUUUUUGUUUUCUUUCUUUCUUUCUUAUAAUAAUCUAUUUUAAUUUAUUUUUCGUUUCGAGUUUCAUUCUCACAUCAAAGAACGCAAUAGGCCCUAAGAUUAAGGCUGCUUGAACUGUUAUUAUAAUAAGCCCAGGGUUGUGUUUUAGCUUGCACCCGUCCUCUAUAUGUUUACUUCCGCAUGGUUGUGAUUAUUAAAGGGAUCCUGAGGUACUUUUACAAGUUGGACUUACCUGAAAGAUUUUCAUACAAAAUUCCCAAUGACAUAUUCACUUUUUGUUAAAAGUUCACGAACCCUAGAUAUCGUUUUUUAAAUGUUUGUUUUUCAUGGCGCCUUGAUGGCCGCUUCGAUCUUCUUGUUCGUUAAAAAUUUCACACUAGCUCCAGUCUUUUUUAGUGGCACGUGACCCUAUUACGUAGUAUUUUAGUAGCGCUCACAAAAAUAAUGACUUUUACUCACUAUUAUUAAUGACUUUCAUAGCCAAAAACAAUUAAUAUACCGUCACAACAAAGUUAAAAAAAAUCCAACGUAUUUUCCACAUCGAUCUCUGUGCGAAUGAUUUGUUUUUGUUUUUUUUAAAAAUAAUUCAACAUGAUAUUCUAGCGGUCUAAGCAAUAACACAAAAAAUAAUAUAAUUAGCAGCAGGUGUGUGCAUGAUUUCUUUUAUUUCAAAUUUAAAAGAAUUUAUUUUAACAAACAGGUUGUAAAAAUUACUGAUCUAUAACCUGUCGACCUGGGCGGGUAUGAUGCUUAAGUGAGUAUUGCCAACCUUGUUCUCAACAAUCUUUGGGGACGAGGUUGCCUAAGUUACUCAGUAGAUUGAUAUAUUUUUAAAAAAAAUAUUAAAAAAUCAAUUAAAAAGAAUACUGCUUUAAUUCAUCCCAUGAUACAGUAAGAGGCAGAAUUUAUUGUCUAAUUAAAGUUUGUUUUUAUGAUAUUCUUCCAAUAUGUAGCGCAAACAUCAAUGUAGUCUAGUAAACUAAACUCAUCAUUUUUCCCUUUUGCGAUAGCAGGCUAAAAUAAGCAGGGUUUCAAAAGUAGGACAGACAUCGAAGCACGAAAGCAGAAAAGAGAGACAGGUCUCCUGUCUAACAUCAAUGCUACUCUUCACCUCCAUGAUUAGACCUUUUAAAAGCAUACAUCAUACAUUAAUGUACAACAAGACCCUCAUAAUUCACCAUUUUUAGCAUCAACAAAUAACUGCUGUUGCUAUAUUCGGACUUAUUAGAAUACUGUGGUCGCUUCUAAAUUUUUAAACUUAACAAAACACAAAAAAUGUUUUAGCUACCUCCUAAAUAAAAAAUAUUAUUUUUACCGGAGAAAAGCAAAGAAAAAUAAGAAAUAAAAUAAUAAUAGUUAAUUGCGUAAAUAUUAAAGUUCAACGCAGAAAAACCACAUUUUAUGAAAUAUAUUUUAGCGUUUUCUGCAAUGAUUUAAUCAAACUACAUUGGUGACAAACUGUUUUUAAUGAUGCAGUUGAAGCGUAAAAAUUGUUUUUUGCUAAGAGUUAGUUGUUCAUGCAUUCCCAUAGGAGGCAACCGAACUAUGUAUGCUGUGGAAAAACAAAUACUUUUUUCUGUUGUUAUAUCUUCGGCUAUUUUUUACACAUCUGAUCGCACAAGGCCUAGGGACUUUUUAUGUGCGAUCUUACCACGUCAAAUAAUUGCCAACGCAAAGGUACAUCUUUUAAAAAUAUGUCAGUAAUUAUCUCGGCAAAUGCGAGUGUCCUCUUAAAUUACAAAGGUUGUAACCACCCUUAAUCCUAUUCGUGCUGGAGGGGGAGGGGUGCUUGAGGGAGAGAGGUGAUGCAGCCCCCUCUCCCUCCCCCCUUUAACUUUUUCUAUAACUUUUUAUGGGCUUAUAGUCACACCUUGGUAUUUUGUUACUUAUAUUUGCCUUCCAAAAUAUAUCCUUUUGAAAUAAAAACCAUACACAAAUGCGUGACAUGUUGAAUGAUCAGUAACUUUCACAACCUGCGUCUCAAGUAAAGUCCUUUGAAAUAAAAAUCAUGCACAACUUGCGUCUUAAAUAAAAAGUCCUUUGAAAUAAUAAUCAUGCACAUUUUAUUUUUCGUUUGGUUGCUCAGCUAUGUGAGAACAUAUGCAGAAUUAUUUCUAUUUUUUUUUAAAAAAAUAAUUGCUCGUAAAGAACUUUAUGCAGAAUUAUUUUAAUUUUUUUUUUUAAAAAAAUAAUUGUUCGUAGAGAGCUUUUGUUUCACUUUGCUGCGCGAAGUUAUAUGUUCUGGCUAUGCAGUCAGUACUAAUUAAAGCGCUACUGAAAUAAUACGUAACAGGGUCACGUGCCACUAAAAAAGAGUGGAGCUAGAAUGAAAAUUUUUAACGAAGAAGAAGGUCGAAGAUAAUCAAGAUGUCAGUCGAGCCACAAGAAAAAUAAAUAUUUAAAAAGCUAUGUCUGGAGUUACAUGAAGUUUUUUAAAAAAGUAAAUAUAUUAUUUAGCAUUCCUCAUGCAAAUCUUUCAGAUGAGUCCAACUUGUAAAAGUACCUUGGGAUCCCUUUAAUCCUGCCAAUAGUCUAUCCAUAGAAUGAAGUUUUCUACUAAUCUUCUAAAUUAAAAACGCUUUCCGAGUCUAACUCUUCUAUAACCAACAGAAACUGUUAGGGAUCACAGUGCCACAAUUAAUGUGGGGGGAGCAGGGGGAGGGGCAAGGAUAGGCUAUGAAAGAGUAAAAUAAAAUGUUGCCUGCCAUGGUUUGCUAUGAUAACCAUAAAUAGCUUCUUUGUUACUUUAAAAUAUACUUCCCGGCAACGCGACCCGUCUCUGUGGUGGGCAUUUCUGUAAGAUUCUACACAAGUCGGAAAGAGCCAAUCUCGUUCUCAGGGCAUCGGAAUAGCGAAAAAGGCCACGGUUCACUACUAAGCUAUUGCUUCCACUUCCAUUCUCAUCCUUAUACCAGCUUUCCAAGCUAGAGUUUGAUUGACUAUCAGGUUUUGUAGACUUUUUACUGGCCAAAACUUCAAAACUAAGAAAGCCUACAACUUUUUCACAGGAGCUCGGUUUUAACAAGGAGAGUAAAAAACAAGUGUUUACUUAUCUUUAGUAUAUACCUGUUAAAAACUCAUCUUCAGUGUAUACCCGUUACAAUAUUAAAAAAAAAACGUUUUGUAUAUAUAAAAACCUAGGCCACAGCAGAGUCAGCGAAAUUACCAUCUGGAAGUUGACGUCACAAGCCCUUCUGCGAAGGGAUUUAUUUACAAUUGGGACACAAGAUGGCGACUGGCACGAAGCUUUACCUCCAGCUAAUAUUUUACAACUUUAACGACAAAUAUCUUGCGAACAAAUCGAAAAAAGUAUAAAAGCAUUUUUUUCGUAAUUAGUACAAUAUUUUGAUUUGAUUUUCGAUUACUUUUUUUAAAGUGGGAGGUAAGCUUUAAAGGCUCGUAAUCACCCUGUAGGUAAUUUUUUUAAGGUGCCUAUUUUAUUGUAAAAAUUGAAAGAUAUGCAUGAGAAUACAUUAUCCUUUUAAAGCGAAGCACAAUAAUAAUGGUGGGUAAUGGUUGUGGGGAGAUAACAAAUGUAUAAUAUUUUUUGUCAUUCUCUAUCUAUCUAUCUAUCUAUCUAUCUAUCUAUCUAUCUUCAUUCCUACCUAUUCCCCAAAAAAUUUUCCAUAAAUAGUCUACGCAUACUGAACGCGUUGUAUUUACUCAUUCCAAUAGAAAUACGUUGUUUCUAUCAAUUUGUGUUAUUAUUCUGGAACCCAAAGCAAUUAAAUGAUCCAAAUGUCUUAGCAGCAAAGAGAAGGGGACUAAGACACUGAAAAGAAAUGGUGUUUUCUUCUGCGGUGUAUUAGAAAAUAAUGAUGUAUUUAUUCAUACACUAAGCGUCAGGUGUUUGAGAGAUGCCCUGAGUGUCAGGGCCUUCGACAUGCCCUGUGCGUCAGGCACAUGCUAAUUACUGGUGUUUUUAUUGAGAUGCCCUGAGUGUUAGGUGCAACGACAUGCCCUGAGUGCCAGGUGCAUGUUUCUUAUUUAGUUGCUGCUGAUUGAGAUGUCCUGAGCAUCAGGCGCACCUCAAUGAGCAUCAGAAAAUAUGGUGAACACAUCUAUACACGCCCUGAACUGUAAGAUAAAUCUGAAGAACUGUUGCAGUGUGGGGUGUUAGGUUUUUAUAUGCAACCAUUAAUAAUCAAGGCCUGGGUAGGGCCCAGUUCCUUUACAGGCAAGUGAGACUAGUAUCCCUGGCAACCUUUGAGAUCAGGUCUUAGGUAGAAAUCACCCCCACUGUGCAAGGUUCUACAUGACAUUCUCAAUGACUAAGGUAAACCUAAUAUAUACUAACCACAAUGCCAAGGAACUGUACUUCUGCCACCAGAAUUAACAUGAGCAAAACUACCAGUUUAUCUCCAUUAUGAUAAUUAACUGGGAUAGUGUAAGUGAUUUCAAUUCUUUAUCAGUCUUUUCCAUUUUAAUUCAGUCAAGUUGAUGCAAGUGGGUACAUUGUAUGAUUAUAAAAUAAUCCAAGGUUUGUAUUUCCUGGUUGCUAUGCCUUCUCUGCCAAUAACCUCCUCUUUUUUUCAAGUCACUUAAUCUGGAUGUCUGAACAAUAUUGUGUCUUUUGUGUUUGGAAAUGGAUAGUGUACAGAAUGUGUGGACCGAUCAUUGUUAAUCUUUCUGCCACACCCAAUCUGCUUGACUUUCACCAAAUUAUUCUCUGUUUGAUUGUCUUGUCCAACUGCUGGUGUUAUCAGCUAACAUUUGAUUCAUUACUAUAUUGAGUUGUUUUUCAAAACUUUGUCCCUGACUAAUUGAUUUAUUCUUAGAAUCAUCUGGAACAGUAAACUCUUUACCAGCUUUAGAAUUCUGUACUGUGACACCCUCAUAUAAUUCCUGCCAUAAGGUACAAAAAUAAUUUUGUAAUUUUUGGCCAAUCACUGCACCAGGACAUCACCGUUUGUUUGAAUCUUGUUAAAGUUGCUAUCAUCUUGCUAAAUAUUUACGGAUGUAAUAAUUUUUCAGGAUUUCCCAGUUCAUCUCCUAUCCACAUUUCCAUCACUUUAUUUAUGACUGACGCUGGUUGUGAUGAGCGUCAUAACUUGUCACUUGUUCUUUGGUUAAUUUUAAAGAUGGCAACUAAAGUUUCAUAUAAAUGUUCGUAUCCAGAAUGUGAAUGGGCUUUUGAAAGUAAUUACAAGCUUCAGCGUCACCUGCAAAGUCAUGGCAAUGAAAAACCUUUCCUUUGCGAGUUAUGUAACAAAGCAUUCUCCUACCGGUAUAAUUUAAACAGCCAUCUAAGAAUUCAUGAGAAAAAAGCUCGUGAAAAAACUUUAAAUGGUAUAACACAACUGAGAGAUGCUAUAUCUUCUCAUCUCUAUUCAAUAAAAUGCACAAAGAAAAAUUGUGCACAGUCAUUUGAAACUAAAGAAGAAUUACAGGAUCACAUUAAAAAUCAUGAAUUGAAGUAUCAUUGUUCUUAUGAAAAUUGUUCCAAAAGGUUUAAAAAGCCUUCACUGUUAAAAUUACAUGAAGGAACACAUAACAAAGAACUUCCAUUUAAGUGUACAUUUGAAAAUUGUAAUAAAGCAUAUGUUAAUCACCAACGCCUGAAGCGACAUACGUUAACACAUGAAAACAAAAAGCAGUAUCAGUGUAAACUGGAAAGUUGUGGUAAAAGUUUUAAUCGUGUGCAGUAUUUAAAAGCCCAUAUGCGAAUUCAUGACAAAAAAAGUUUUUCAUGCCCUGUAGCUAAUUGCGAGAGAUCAUUUGUUUGUGCUGAAACAUUAAAAGUUCACUUACAGCGGCAUGUUAAUUUCCGUCCUUUUAAGUGUGACCUUGCUGAUUGUGAUAAAUCUUAUCUCACUCUAGCAAAUUUAAAGGCACAUAAGAAACUGCACCUGUCGGGAAAGUUGAUAAAAAAUAAGCAACUAAUCUAUGGAGAUAAACUUUGUAACAAAGGGGACGGUGUUAUCAAAAGUGUAUCUGUUAAUGAUUUUCUAAACUCUAAACUUUUUGAAGCAACAUGUCCAGGUAACAUGAGUAUUUCCUCUUGCCAAAUAUUAACCCAAGAAGAUCUUGUUACAUCAACACUUGGAGAGCUGGUCUGCAACCAAUACAUAGACACAAAAGAUCCAGAUCGAAUGCCACAUUUGACUGGAGAAGAAACUGCCAUGACGUUAGCACAAACUUACACUGAUGCGUCUUCUUUAAAUCAACCACAUGAUAGCUUGAUUGUUUCUGAUAUAGAGGAUAUACAGUUUCAAGAGGAGUUUGUGUCAAGCAUAUAUACACCAGCUGUUCAUGAUUUUGGAGUAUUUGCAUCAGGUCAUGAUUAUGAAGAAUCGAGCAUGUCUGCCGUAGAAAAGGAACAGGCUGUCUUUUUACCACCAAACAUUGGCAAAUUAAAUGACUUAGAUAAUGAUAUCAAAGUGUCAGAUAAUGAAAUAGACACUUUUGAAUCAUCAAUGGAAUUAAGUACAGGUCAUUUAGUAAUACAUGGUGGAUACUUUGGUUCUUCUUCAUGCAUGCCUGAUCAUAUCUAUUCAAACAGAAAUUUAGAGUCAAAUAGUACAGUUAAUCUUCAAGAUAUUCACUAAUUAUUUGAAUGUUUAUGCAAAUUCUUUACAAAUUCGCAAAAUUUAUGCUUGUAACACCUGCACGAUUUGAAAAAAAAAAUAAAAAAACAGGAUUCUAUAUUAUGUACAAUAAGGGGGUUUUUAUGUUUAUUUUGACAUGAGUAGAGUAUGUUUUAUUUGCCAAACAUCAUGCACAAAAAAGAACAUUAAUUUUUUUUUUUUUUAAUUUUUAUUUUAAUUAUACCUUU